AUGGAACGGUCAAAGCGCGUUAGGGCCUUCUGGGCUCUCAACCUGUCUCUUCUUCCAACUGUGCUGGCUGCCGCCACUUGCAGCGAGCUAUCCGGCAGCAUUUACAGCGGCCCUAACAACAACAAAUUCGAUAUUCUAUGCGAUACUUCUACAGUUGGCGGGCACAUCACUGCCUAUUAUUCUCAGGGAGAUGAGUUUCAAGAUUGCGUGGAUCGAUGCGACGAUGACGAUACUUGUCUUGCUGCAUUGUUCCUAAGCUCAAGCGGCGACUGUGCUUUGAUAGACACCUUUACGAGCACUAGGUCGUUCAGCGGCAAUGAUCUUGCUAUUAGGACGGUAGUGCCUGAGACGACGUCGACUGAGGCUACUACUUCUGAGGCUCCUACAUCAACAGAUGUUACUACAUCAGAAGCCGCUACAUCUACAGAAGCCGCUACAUCUACAGAAGCCGCUACAUCAACUGAAGGUACUUCGACAGAAGCUACUACAUCAGUGGCUAGUACUGCAGAGGCUUCAACAUCGGAAGCUGCUACAUCUCAGGCAACAACAUCAGACACAUUAACGAUAUCAGCGACGUCAGAGACCUCAUCGAUAUCUUCAUCAUCUGUAUCAGCAGAAGAUACAACAUCAGGAUUGGCAUCUACAUCAGAGCCUUUGUCAACAUCUGCAGCGGUAUCAACAACCUCACAGCUGUCGUCGUCAGCGGAAUCUACAUCAGAGACCUCAGCCUCUGUGGAGUCCACUACAGCUACUACCUCAACUACAGAGUCAUUGUCCACCAGUACCUCCAGUGCUGAGACAUCAACUGACGAUUGCGAUGAUGAGACGUCAUCCCUUGAGACCUCGACUACUGUGACUACAUCUACAGCAACAGGGUCCGAGAUACAGCCAACGACCUCAACCACUGACAAGCAGAGUUCCCCCACUACAACCAAUGAAUCAUCCGAGGUCUCCACUUCCGCUCCUUUAGCUACCUCAACUGCGUCAUUGUCAUCUUCUCUGACGACAACAGAAGGUCAAGCUUCUCUAUCAACAUCUCUUCCAACCUCUGCUACAAGCCAAACAGGCUCCUCUCUGUCUACGUCUUCAGGUACUACAGUAACUCAGACUUAUACAACCUAUAGCCAGAUAGCCUCCUCGUCUGGUUCUUCGUCUUCUGGAACCAAGGAGGUUGGCUCCAAGACACUUUCGACCUCUGGUGCCACUGUCAUCAAGACAACAUCUGGAGGUCAUGUUGCAACGCCUUACCCUACUGCUUACAACGUCUGGACUGUUUAUCUUACGUUGGUCGAGUAUGUCACUUGCAGCACUGGUGUAGUUACCGAGACAGUUACUACUUCCGAAUAUGUCACUGUGGGCAGUAACGGUGGGAGCUAUGGACCUCCAGUGGUUACAACGCCUGCUGGAUGUAUUGGAGGUUAUCAGGUUGAUGCUAGCGGCCACAGCUAUCCCGUGGCACAACCUACGAAGGAUUCUCCUGCCAACUCACCUGGUGGCGCGUAUAGCCAGCCAUCUGUUCAUCCUGUACCGGGAUCACCAGGCAACUCUCCAUCUGGCCAUGAGACCGGCAAGCCUCAUACUCCUACGCCAGCUGCAGAAUCUCAUGGAAACUCCCAACCAGGACAGGGUGGUAAGCAACCUUCUGUUCCUGGUCAAGGCUCUGAUGAGCCCAAUAAUAGCGAGCCUCAGCAGCCACAAGGUGGCGCUACCCAGACAGUUAUCUCUGCAUACCAGUCUGGUGCCUCAGUAAAUCCUUCACCGUCAUCGGCUAUUCAUCAGGGUCAGCAAGGCAUCUCAACGACUUUCACUACCGAAGCAAGCGUUACCGAGAUGCAGGUACCUAAGUCCACGCACAGUGGUUCAUCGGAAGCUGGAGAGGCACCAUAUACACCAGUUAGUGUUUCCGGAGCCAACGCACAUCAGUGCAUGGUUUGGACAUUGGCCGCUGGAGCCCUCAUGGGGUUCGGACUGUUGUUCUAG